AGGCUUGCUCUCGCUGUUCAAUUCGCAGUUCUGUUGCUGUUUGAAACCAGUGUCGGUUGGACUGGGAAUCAGAGCUGUGUGGAGAAGUUACUAUUUUGCUUCGUUUUUAAAAGUAUUACUGCUUCCAGUUUUGUAGCACAGUCAUUUUUUACUCAAGCCAUGGCUCAUAAGCAGAUCUACUACUCCGAUAAAUAUACCGAUGACCACUAUGAAUACAGGCAUGUAAUGCUACCCAAGGAGCUGGCAAAACAAGUACCCAAAACACACUUGAUGUCAGAAGACGAAUGGAGGCGGUUAGGAGUACAGCAGAGUCUUGGAUGGGUUCACUACAUGAUCCACGAACCUGAGCCACACAUUCUCUUGUUCAGAAGACCUCUUCAGAAAGAGUAAAGUGAACUUCCGGAAUCUUCACAUGAAUCUUCUGGGACAUUGUUCAUUAUUGUGGUAUUCAGUGAAUACUUGGAUUUUGCCAACAAAUUUGCCAACUCCUGCGCAUGAGCUGUAUUCUUCACAGCAACAAAGCUCAGUCAAAAUACAGAGGAGAAAAUGGAUAUUCUGCUUAGUACAUGUGGGAAAGGGAACGGAGUGGAAAAAGUCAGUUCUCUGUUAGAAGCAAGUGCCUCUGUUUACGUAAAAUUCUUGUUCAAGUAGAGGUAUACAUUUUUCAAUAAAGUUCUGGUUGCAUUAAUUGUGUAUGUACCAUUGCUGAAUGAGUUUAGUACUACAAAACUAGGAAAGUUGCAACUUCUUUGUAACAUUUCUGUUUUAAAGUCUAAGUAUAUAUACACUGAGUUUGCAAUUAGUCUUAUGGGAGGGUUUUGGGAAAUCUUAUGUGAACUUCUUUGGAUUGGUGGUAUGUUUUCGCCAUACCUGAUCAUUUGAAAAUCUGAUUAUUCUGCCUCAAAAAGUAACAUUAUAUGAUGAGCAGCUUUGCUUCCUUGUCAGCUUGGUCAAAAUAUUUGUGCCUUGCACUAUUUGUGAUUGGUUCACUGCUGUAAUGAGUUGCUUGCUCACUACUUAAUGUUUGUUCUAAAUAAAGCUUUCUGAUAUCAUCUUCAGGUAUUGCUGAAAAGGUUUCUACUUUACAUUUUAUACAGUAAUAUUACUUGUGUGGAGUAGUUGCCAAAACGGAUAAUUAAAAAGAUAUUCAUUUCAAAACCCUA